ACUGGUUAGUUUCCUCUUAAUCUUGGUAUUCAUAUACAUGUAAUGAAAAACAUACAACAUGUGACUGCAUCUUAACCUUGAGAAUGCUAAGGUCUUUAUGACUACUAAGUCAUUAACAAUUCUUCCACCCAGUAAGAUACACAUUGCUGAAGACCACUGUAUUUGAAACUUGAACUGUAAAUUUUGAUUACUGAAGGAUACUAAAUGAAGGCGAUGUUUCUUUGGUUUAUACCUAUAAGCCUAUUUGGCAUCGUUUAAAAUUCUGUGAUAAUAUCGGAAUAAAAGAAAUGAUUAAACAAAAUGUCUCUGACGUUAUUUACCAUUUUGAAAUUUCACAAAGUUCAACAAGUAAGACGACUGGUCUACGUGGCUUACGUGGAUUGUUGACCAACAGCAAAUCUAGACCUGCUGGUUUACACUGAAGACUUAAAAAGCCUCAAGUACAGCACAAUGGGAUUGGCGACUGUUACUCUUCAACUGCUGACACUCCAAUGGGCGUUGAGGUGCGUCGAGCAGGUACCAUGCCUUUUGAACGUUUUUGGUUGGUUGAAUUUUGAAAAGCACUCAAACACACAAGAGACCUGAUGUCCGGUUGAUAUUUUAUUCCUCUUCAAUAACAUCCCCCUAGUUACUUAUGGAAUCACCCAACCUGUUGAUUGAGAAUAGUUUUGGAUCAUUGAAUCAUCUGAAAAGGGGGGACAGCUUGGCAGCUAUAACUUAAAUUUUUUGCUACCAUUGGGUCAUCAGAACAAAGACUUUCUCACUGGGUUUGCAACGUGGAAGCUAACAGUUCCUUUUCUGAGAUUUUCCCCUUGAUUCAAUAGAAUGGGUAGAAUAAUCCUCCACGCCGUGGGGUUUGCUGUUCUAUUUUUCUUGGUACUCGAGGAUGGAGCCUUCGCCAAGAAACGCGCACGAGAAGUGAGAUGGCAUCUGCUGAGGAACGGGACUAACUGCGAUGUUAAAGCGCAACUAGGAGACGUUGUAUCCAUGAUGUGGUACUCCUACAUCGAGGGGAACCGCUCGGCGCUCUACGACUCCACCUUCCCGUUCGGCCCGAUACAGUUCCGCCUGGGCAAGGACAGGCACAUCGCCGGCUUCGAGAAGGGAGUGGUCGGGAUGUGUGAGGGGGAGGAGCGGGUUAUCUUUAUCCCGGCUGAAGCGGCUUUCCCCGAUCAGGUGAUGCCACCGACUAUAGGACGUCUCAAGCGAGCCUGGCCCAUCAUGCGGUUCGUCAAGGCUAACUUUACCUUCGAGACCAUUCUAAGAAAGGUGAUCAAGCCCACCUGGCAAGAGAAAGCGACGAAAGGUGUGUACGUGUUCGCGCCAUUCACUGUGGCGGUUGCUGUCAUCUGCUACCUCCUCAUCAAAGUGGCCAAGGCGCCUGACGAGAAGAAAGUCCUGAAGGAACAGCGGCUGCUGAAGAAGAAAGGGCAGGGGAAGAAGCUAAAGAAGAACUGAUGAUGAACUUUUCGUGUGUUACGUUGUAAACAUGGAGGAUGGAGAUAGCUAACGUUAUAACUUAACUGUAGGAGAUAGGAACACAAGCUGUGUACUAAUCCCCCAUGCGGUUACGUACUUUAGAGACUGCGAGGUGUUCCAAUUUUAAUUUUAUCAAGUCACACAUCUUUGUUGCCAUAUUGGCUUUAGUCCAUCCGGCCUGUUUAGAGUUAUGUAUGUGCACAACUUGGAAGCAACCAAAUCUGAAAGUUCAAGAUGAAAACCAUCUAUCUACCUGCUAGCACAGUAAGUGCGCCUGAGUUGAUACAGUCCAGGG